AUGUCAGGAAAAGAGACUAAAGAUUUGGUUCAUCAGGACGCAAUCCACAUCGAGACGAUCAUGAAGGAGCAGAGACACCAGAGACUGCACAUGGAGUUCAGCAUCAACCCACGCAAGAAAUUACACGUCCUACCAGACAAACCCAUGUCCAGGAAACCUACAGAAGUGAUUGAAGAGAACUCUGAAUUCAUUAAGGCUUUCCAUGAGGCUCGAGAGGAACCGACCAAGAAAUAUUCAAUGCCCCAGACGGAGAGUCAGGAGAUCGGCUGGGUGUCGACUCCCCUGGUCCCUGUGGACACCAGUGGCAGAUUUCACUUCAAACGUUUCAAGACGGACGUCACCAAACACAAAGAAUCGGCUCUACGAUCGUCCAACUAG